CGGCGCGCGGCGGCCAUGGAGUCCGGCCUGGAGGAGCUGAUGCCGCGGCUGCUGCCCGUGGGCGACUGCGACCUGCCCGAGGACUUCGACCCCACGGUGCCGCCCCGGACGCCGCAGGAGUAUCUCCGGCGUGUGCAGCUCGAAGCAGCUCAGUGCCCAGAGGUGGUUGUGGCACAAAUAGACCCCAAGAAAUUGAGGAAGAAACAGACGAUAAGCAUUUCAAUUUCUGGAUGUCAACCUGCUCCUGAAGGAUACUCUCCAUCUCUCAAGUGGCAACAGCAGCAAGUGGCCAAUUUCUCAACCGUUCGUCAGAAUGUGAACAAGCACAGAAAUCACUGGCGGUCGCAACAUUUGGACAGCAAUGUUACCAUGCCAAAAUCAGAGGAUGAAGAAGGCUGGAAAAAGUUUUGCCUGGGUGAAAGAUUAUACUCAGAAAUAGAUACAAUAUCUGAUAAUGAAAAUCUAGGAAUUGAUUACAUAAAGAUGGGUUUUCCUCCUUUGCUAAGUAUUGUAAGCAGAAUGAAUCAGGCAACAAUAACCAGUGUCUUGGAGUACCUGAUAAACUGGUUUGGAGAGAAAAAAUUUACUCCAGAAUUGGGUCGAUGGCUUUAUGCACUGUUAGCAUGCCUUGAAAAACCUUUGCUACCUGAAGCACAUUCCCUUAUUCGACAACUGGCAAGACGAUGCUCUGAAGUUAGAGUCCUAGAGGAGAACAGGAAUGAAGAGCAAAUAUCAGCUUUGAACUUGAUGAUCUGCUUAGUUAGCAGAUACUUCGAUCAACGCGAUUUGGCUGAUGAGCCCUCCUAGACUGUUUUGGGAACACCAUGUGUUUGAUGUUUAGUCUAGAGCACAACCUGCAUUAUCAGGGUUAAAGACACUGCCUGGUUCAGACCUCACAUACUACACCAGCCCUUCACAAUGCCCUUAUAAGAAUGCAUGGGACAGCUAUAUGAAUAAGCUGAUUUUAGGCUGAUCUUUAACAUGAGAUUACUGGUCUCUCCACAUACCAUCAUGAUUUGAAAAUGGUCAAAGUGUUGGCCAUCAUCUCUCAAGCUACCAUCGCUGAAGACUGCACUCUACAUKGGAGCUUUCUACAAGCUGAGUCAUCUCAUGGGCACUGCCCUCUGGCAAAGACUUUUAGUCUAUGUUUAAAGUGAAUUUAAAAAAAAAAAUCAUUUGUGAUUUAAUCUAGGACUCAGCU